AUGCCUGGUCAGGGUGAGGAAUUUGUCAGAGAAGGGCUUGGGGGCCCACAAACUCCCUGGGCUUUAAGGCGGCUUCCGUCCCUCCACGCUGCGUCAUCUCUUUCUGAACCUUCACCUCACCUCACUUCCCUCCACUUCAUCCCCCUUCAUCUCUUUCUUUCAACCUCUACACCCACUGAGAGAUCGGGAAACCCGUUCUGCCUAGAUUGCCGACUUGCAAAGUCACUUUCAAAUUUUGAAAUCUUGUUCCUAUUUGCAUUUGCAGCUUUUGGUCGUCGCCAUCACAAUCGCCAUCGCGGCGCGCCUCAGCAAGCCCCCAACACCAAGCUUCACGACAUCUCGCAAACAUCACUUGGCAUCAAAACUCCCAGCACCGCAAAUUUUGACAUGUUUGACGUAAUCUGGACUGACCCAGACCGGGAGCUGGUCGGCGAACAUCGCGCCAAGAAAGAGAAGAAACGAGAACGUCAAGCCAAGGAAAAGGAGAAGGAAAAGUCGAUUUCGUCUCGAAGCUCCUUGUCCGUACGCAGCUCGCGGUCAUCCACUGACUCUCCAUUUGGAUUUUUGAGAUCUCGCGGCCGCAAGCAAUCCACCUCGGACAAGACCAACACCAAGACGACGGGCCUUCUGACCCCCAGCCUUCUCUCCUCACGGUCGCCUCUGUCUACAGAUUCGGAUCCCGGGAGCCACCGGCACUCCGUCCUCGUCACUGAUGGCUCUUCCAUCUAUUCGGACCCUGUUAGAAUCGUGUCCAGCAAGAGUUCUACUUCGGCACCGGAUACAUCCCAGGUCGUUCAAGCCCUGGGGCCUUCCUCCUUUGUCACUAAGCGCACUGAGGUUUCCUGGAACCCUCGGUCCUCGGACACGACUAAACAUGACAUCUUGUCUGAGAUUCUGAUUUCAUCUGAACCCAAAGUCAAACAGACAAUGACGCCGCCAAGUUCCCCGGGAAACAGAAAUAUGCACGCACCGCUGCUUCGAUCUGACUCCCCCGUCAACUUAAUCCCAGGCCUCAAGUUCCCGACCCAUUCGAAGAACCGUCUCGCUCUUACCUCUAUGCCAAACAACCCGGACAAUUGGCGCCCGCCAGAGGAGUGGGACUGCGCCUCGGUUGACCCUGAGCUCGACGUGGCAGAUAUUGAAAGGUCGAUCAGUGAGAUGUUGCAGAUUACGGAUAGCAACAAAAACACCGACCGGGGCUCAGACCUCGAUAUGCUCCAGAAAGAAGUUAGGCGAAUGGCUGCUGCCAGCCCCGAAGUCACCUUGUCGCGGUUGAAAGAGGUUUGGAGCACAACAGAAGAUGAAAGCCUCCGUCAUGAACUCGAGAUGGAAAAGAAGCGAUGGAUGCUGUCAACUCUGCACCACCUCGACCCUGUACCGCAGCACGAUAAUUCUCGAUCUACGGCGUUCAAACUUCGUUUGGGAGGUGCUCAAAAGAUCCUCGCUUUGUACGAGUCUCAGGCGACGGCCUCCUAUCUCGCAGCUCUUCAUCCGACGAACAAAGUCUACCACAUGUCGGCCACGCCGCUUUCGCAUACACAGUUUCCCAACAUCCACCCGGUUCUCGUUCCUUUAGUGUCACCGUCGGUUUUCCCAUUGGCGCCGCAACUUUUUGAAAAUGUCUACUCGCUCUCAAUGCCGGCAAUCUGCUCCUCGCCUGAUAUUCCUGGCGUCCUAAAGAAUAUUUGCAAAUCCUUGAAACAAGGAGGUUCCCUGCAACUGACACUAAUCGACCCGCUGCCUUGUGCCAGAACCCUUGGCCAGCGCAUGCGAACAUGGCUGGAGGAGCAUCUGCUGCUCAACCUGGAGCGUCACUUCCGAUGCAUGAACCCAAGCAGAUUGUUUCCAGACUGGCUCGCAAAAGCGUCCCUGCGUGGACAAGGCAGCACAUUGACAAGGGCCAAGUUUUUUGCGAUCCCCACGAGUAUACGAUACUCGGACGGCGGCAGUGACCCGUUCGCGAACCGGCCGCGCAGCGAGGGGGAGGUCAAGGCGGAGCUUAGGAGCCUCGUGGGACGAAUGCUUUGGAUGGAGGUCUGGGGCGCUUUCGUCACGGCAGAGAAGUGGUGGUGGGAGGACGAGAAGUGCGUUGAGGAGUGCUUGGAACUGGGGACAUUCUGGGAAUACACGAUGAUCGAGGGCGUCAAACACGGCUGA